GCUUUUGAACAGAUUUUAAUUGCAUUCUUUGGAUGCAUUCCUUUUGAGAAGACAACAUCAUCAGAUCUGCCUGAAAAGAAGCAGAGCACCUAGGAACAUGGCCCUGCAAGAGAGAGAAAUCAGCAGCAGCUCCAUCAAUGACAAUGACAAUGACAAGCAAGAACAGAACAGCAGUCAUGUUAUUACAAUUGUCUUCCUGGCACUUUUCAUCGACUUGUUGGGAUUCACUCUCAUCUUGCCACUGUUUCCUUCCAUCCUUGAUUAUUACAGCCAGACUGAGGAUGGAUUCUAUAUGUCAUUGCAACGUGGUGUGGACUGGUUUGCAGUGAUGGUUGGGAUGCCUCCAGAGCGGAAAUACAACAGUGUCUUAUUUGGAGGUCUGAUUGGCUCAAUCUUUUCCAUCUUACAGUUUUUUUCCUGUCCCCUCACUGGUGCUGUGUCGGACUCCUUGGGCAGAAGACCUGUCAUCUUGAUGACAGUGAUGGGUUUGAUAACAUCAUACGCACUAUGGGCUGCCUCUAGGACUUUUGGCAUUUUUCUUCUCUCCAGGAUAGUAGGUGGAAUAAGCAAAGGGAAUGUCAGCCUCUCCACAGCUAUAAUUGCUGACUUGCACUCUCCAAAAGCACGGAGCAAGGGCAUGGCAAUGAUUGGCGUUGCUUUCUCCCUUGGUUUUACCCUGGGUCCCAUGAUCGGAGCUUACCUAGCCGUGGAGACAGAGAAAGGAGAAGUCUUCUAUCUUCAUUCAGCAUUGCUAGCACUCACGUUUGCUGUGGCUGAAUUAAUUUUCAUCUUCUUCCUACUUCCGGAGACACUUCCAAAAGAAAAACGGGUCUCUUCUGUGACAUCUGGAUUUCAGGCAGCAGUUGACUUGCUCAGUCCUUUGGCUUUAUUUCAGUUUUCUGCAGUCACCCGAGGAAAGGAAUCCCCUUCAGAGGAGAACCUUCAGAAUCUCAAAAUCUUGGGCCUGGCUUAUUUCCUGUACCUCUUCCUGUUUUCCGGCUUGGAGUACACACUGAGUUUUCUCACUCACCAGAGAUUCCAGUUUUCUAGCAUGCAGCAGGGCAAGAUGUUUUUCUUUAUUGGAAUAACAAUGGCUGUGAUCCAGGGAGGCUAUGCUCGACGAAUCAAGCCACAAAAUGGAAUCAGAGCUAUAAAAAGGGCCAUUAUGUUGCUGAUUCCAGCUUUCUUGUUAAUUGGAUGGGCUGCAAAUGUGACCACGCUGAGUGUUGGACUGCUGCUGUACUCCUUCGCUGCGGCCAUUGUUAUCCCGUGUUUGGCAGCAGUGGUGUCAGGCUAUGGCUCUGCCAGCCAGAAAGGACGCGUCAUGGGGAUCCUGAGGAGCCUGGGCGCCCUCGCCAGAGCCCUGGGGCCCAUCCUGUCAGCUACAGUUUACUGGCUGGCAGGGGCAGAGGUUUGCUUCACCAUCUGCGGCGUUUUCUUCCUCAUCCCCUUCGUUCUACUUGGUUCCGUAAAACAGGAGACAAAGCAGGAGUAGGAAGUGACCCCAGACCUGUCACCGGCUUCCAGGGACCUCUCCAGGACCUGACCUCGGCACCUGACUGCUGAUCAGAGAUUGA